CUAGGCCGCACUACGGUGAAACCGCUGCGGUUAUUAACCGUGUGAGUUUAUGAAACACGAAAACGAAUACAAGCGGCCGCACUUGCGGUUUUUUCCCGCGACUGAUUUUAAAACCGCGAAAUGUUACAAAAUUGUUGCGGAAAAAAACCGCAACAAAAUUUGUAAUCCAUAGAACUAAGUGGUCGCACACGCACUAUGCGUUAACCGCGGGCGGUUUUUGGGCUAGUAUUCGGCCGACUGCCGCAAAGAAUAGUUGUGUUGUCGUCUCGUCACAAUUAUGUCGUCGACCGAGUCGGAGUCUGUUUCAAAUGCAGAGUACGAAAGUUUAUCCCAGAAAAUCAUCGUGGAAGUACAGAAAAGACCAGCUUUAUACGAUACUACUUUGCGUCAAUACAGUGAUAGAAAUGUGAAAAAUAAACUUUGGGAGGAAGUUUAUCACAACGUAGUUAAUAAUUGGAUGACACUGUCGGAGGCUGAGAAAAAAAAGAAGGGUAGUACAAUACAAAAGAAAUGGAAGAAUAUGCGCGACAGUUUUUCUAAAGAAUUAGCUAUACAGCGUGGUAAAUCUGGUCAAGGUGCUAUAAAAAAGAAAAAGUACGUUCAUUUCGAUUCACUGUUGUUUUUGGUACCAUCUUUACAAAAAAGGGAGACUAGCAGUAAUAUCGAAUUUACUUCACAAGAUAACCCUGAUACGGACUUAUCUGAAACCCUUCCACUAACGAAUAGUAAUCGAACCCCAUCCAGUAAGAAGGCUUCCAAAAGCCGAAGUAGCUGUGAAGAUUAUGAACAAAAAUUGUUAAAUUUUUUGAAUACAAAGGAGAAUGCGUGUGAAUAUGACGAAGAUAUAAACUUUUCACAAAUGAUUGUACCAAUGUUACGGAAACUUAAUGACGAUCAGAAACAUUUUGCCAAAGUAGAAAUUAUGAAUAUUUUGCAAAAAGCCAAAUCUUUCUAUCCAUUCGAAACACCAAUUCAUAAUCAAAGACCAAGAUCACAUUUGUCAUUCACGCAAACGUCGUCUCCGCAAUCAUAUUAUACAUAUUCCCCAUCUCCACCUCCAACCAUGCCGAUAAUGCCACCAGUUUCAACACCAGUACGACAGCUUGUGUCAGGACCUGCAAAACAAACCAUCUAUUUGCCACUUAAUACUCCUGUUCCACCAACAUUACAAGCAACCGUGCAUUCUCUUCAAGAACUCGAGCAACAAGAACAACAGUUACAAUAUGCACAAAAUGAACAAGAAGAGCCUACAGCAGCCAAUUAUCUGUCGCAAUUUCAAGAACAAUAAUUUUUUUAAUUUUUUUUACCAAUAAAAAUACCUAUAAAGUACAAUAUAUAUGCAUGUGUGUGUAAUUUUAUUUCUUACCUCAAAGUCACAGAC